AUGUCUUUUAGAAAAGAACCUAACCCUUUUGAACUUCGUCGCCAAAUUCAUUCUUCAUUAAGAACUCAAACAAGAGAAGAAUUUCUUCAAAGAAAAAGAGUUUUAAUAGAAGAAGAAUUGAUUGAUAGUAAUAGAGAAAUAACACUUAAAGAUUUACCUCUUAUUAAGAAAGGAAUUGAGUCAAAUAAUAAUUUUAUUAUACUUCAAUCAUUAGUACAAUUAAAAAAACUUAUUAUUAUUAAUCAUUCAUUUAAUGAAAUUAUAAAUUCAUCAAUUAUAGAUUUUCUUAUAAGUUUUGUUACUUCAAAUGAUGUUUGUAUUAGGUCUUUAACUAUAACAUUAUUAGCACAAAUAGCAUCAACAAAUGACUUAUUACUUGUUGAUAAAUUAAUUGAAAAAGGAGUAAUGAUUUGUUUUAGUUCAAUAUUAGAAAAACCUUAUCAACUUAAAUUUUCAAAUUUAUUUCAAUCAGCAGCAAUUGGAUUUGGAAAUAUAAUACUUUCAGGUGAUAAAUAUAGACAAUGUAUUGAUUUAGAAAUAUUUUUACCAAAAUUUUUAAAUAAUUGUCAAAUAUUAUUAGAAUCAUCACAUGAAUUACAAAUUUUAUCAUCAUUUGCACAUGUUCUUAUUCAUAUUCAACCUGAAACUUAUUUAUUAAAAAUUGAAAUAGUAAAACAAAUUGUUUUAGUAUUACUAAAUUUUUCUUCAAUUAUUGAAUUAGAUAAUUAUAAAGAAUUACUUUUUAGUUUAUAUAAAUUUAUUUCAUAUGGAAAAGAAAUAACUCAAAUGAUUUGGGAAAGUCCUAAUACUAUUAUUUUAUGUAAAAUGUUAUUAAAAAAAAAAUAUGAUAAUUCUCAAAGUAUUAUUCUUAAUUUAAUUAUUAAUUCAUUUCAACAAAUCCCUCAAUUAAUAAAUAAUUUUAUUGAUCUUCUUUCUUUAACAAUUGAGUCAUUACCUUUUACAAAUGUUACUACUAUUCCUUUAAAAUUAUCAUUUAUUAUUUAUUUUAUAGAAAAUAUUAAUACUCAACAAUCUGUACUUUCAUUUCUUCUUUCUCAUCAAAAAGCAUUAUAUUUAAUUGUAAAUGAACUUCAAAAUAUUCUUAUUGAUAAUGUUAUUUCAUCAAUUCAAAUUUUACAUUCUCUAAUUACUACUUUCAUUGAAAAUCAACAACUUAUAACAAUUAUUAAUGAUUAUAAAAUUGUUUCACUUCUUAUUCAAUGUACUUCUAGAAAAGGAAUUAGUUCUAAUUUAGAAUGUUUAGAACAAAUACUUGACAUUCUUAUUACUUUUUGUUUCUAUCAAACAAAUAUUCCUAUUAAUGAAGAUUAUGAAUUUUAUCCAAUAGAAGAAUUUGAUGAAAAUGGUGGACAAGUAUUAAUUGAACAACUAGAAAUAAGUUGUCCUGAUCUUCAAAAUAAGAUUCAAAAAUUAAAAGAAAUGUCAAGAAGAAUCUCAAUGAGUGAUGACAUUUGA